AUGAUGCUCCAAUUCCAUGGAAAUAUCGGCAUGAUUUUGUCAUCCGAGGGCAAUUCUAUGCAGCUGAAUGGGUCAGAAUUUGCACUGCAACCAUCUAGUGGUAUCCAAUCCCAGCGAGGGCAAGCUCCAUUUACAUCUUCACCAAGUUCCUAUGUGAGGUUGCGGUUUCAGGGCAAAGGAACACUAUCCACGCACGCGUUAAUAAUGCUUCCUGCUGAGAUACCAGCGACCAUUCCUCCGGAGUGUGCGUCCAUAUCAAAGGUUCGGCGGUAUUACCAGUGGCGAAGAUCCAAUCUUGAAAUCGUUGAUCAAAGUGAGCGUAAAGGCGUGAGCGAUCUGGAACUCGCCUUGGGCAUUUGGAUGGAGUCCAUCGUAUCCGGCAUCGCAAUUACUCAUACCACAGCUAUAGUGCUCCUGUAG